UUGGUGUACUAAUUUUUUCUGAAGGGGUAUGAGAACUCAUGAAGGAAAAAAGCAACAAAUACUAAUUGGGUGUGUUUACUGAACCACCAGCUAAAACAGAAAUCACAUGAAACUUUCUGUAAUUUGGACUUUGGAGCCAAAGGAUUAAUGUUGAGUAUGAUUGAAGGUCAAAGACUAAAUCUUAAGAAUGCAAUAUUACGACUAAUCGAAGAAUGCAAGAACAUGAGAGAGCUUAAACAAAUCCACACCCAAAUCAUAAAAUCUCCAUUCAUACAGCAAACUGACCAAUUUUUGCUCACUUCCCGUCUCCUUUUCUUUUGCGCCAUUUCACACAUGGGUUCUCUCAGCUAUGCUGCUGAUGUUUUCCGGGUCAUUGAGAACCCAAAUCUUCAUGUGUAUAACAUAAUGAUCAGAGCCUACGCCAGUAAAGACUUUGGUUGGGAUAAGACUUAUUCUUUCAAGUCUUUGCUGCUGUAUAAAUCUAUGCUUUGCGAUGGGAUUUUGCCAAAUUGUCUCACUUUCCCAUUUCUUGUCAAGGAAUGUGCUAAGAGGGUAGAUAGUGGCACCGGUAGGAGUAUACAUUGUCAAAUUAUUAGAUAUGGGUUCUACGAAGAUACUUAUGUGCAGAAUUCUUUGAUAAAUCUGUAUUCUGCAUGUGGUUUUUUGAGUACUGCUCGAGUACUGUUUGAUGAAAUGCUUAAAAGAGAUGUUGUUUCUUGGAACUCAAUCAUCGUUGGGUAUCUGAGAAGUGGGGGUCUAGAGGAGGCACUGGAUCUGUUUAGGAUGAUGAAUAACAAGAACAUAGUCACUUGGAAUUCAAUCAUUGCAGGGUUUGUUCAAGAUGGUCGGCCAAAGGAGGCAUUGCAACUUUUCCAUGAAAUGCAGAUAGUAAGCAGUGAUAUGGUUAGACCAGAUAAGUUUACUUUAGCUAGUGUUCUUGCUGCUUGCGCUCAUCUUGGUUCCAUUGAUCAUGGAAAAUGGGUGCAUAAUUAUAUGAGGAGGUGUGGUGUGGAGUGUGAUGUGGUGAUUGGUACAGCUCUGGUUGACAUGUAUGGUAAAUGUGGAAGCAUUGAACGAGCUUGUAUGGUUUUCAAGGAAAUGCCAGAGAAGGAUACUUUGGCAUAUACCGCAAUGAUUUCAGUAUUAGCUCUCCAUGGAUUCAGUACAGAGGCUUUUGAUCUGUUUGGAGAGAUGGAAAUGACUGGGGUGAAACCAAACCAUGUAACGUUUGUUGGGCUACUGUCAGCUUGUUCUCAUGCUGGUUUGGUCGAGAAAGGUCGCUGGUGUUUUGAUGUGAUGAAACGUGUUCACUUAAUUGAGCCACAGGUCCAUCACUAUGCAUGUUUGGUUGAUAUACUUGGCCGAGCAGGGCUAUUUGACGAGGCAGAAAGGGUUAUAAGGGACAUGCCCAUGAAGCCAGAUGUAUUUGUUUGGGGAGCAUUACUUGGAGGCUGUCAAAUGCAUGGGAAAGAAGAAUUAGGAGAAAGGGUGGCCAAGUAUUUAAUUGAUUUGGAACCUCUGAAUCAUGCUUUCUACGUGAAUUUGUGUGAUAUAUAUGCCAAAUCUUGUAGAUUUAAAGAUGCAAAGAGCAUUAGAACAUUGAUGGAAGACACGGGAAUAAAAAAGGAAGUCGUAGGCUGCAGCAUGAUUGAAAUUGAUGGGAUGGUUCAUGAAUUUUCAGUAAGAGGAUCGCCUGAUGUGGCAAUGGAGAGAUUACGACGAGUGUUGAGUGUGUUAUAUGAUGAUAUGAAACUUGAUAAGUACGUAUGUUAUCAUGAUGGUAAUUAUCAGGUCUCCGUGCUAUCUUAGAUGUUGGCUACAAGUGUUUUUAUAUGCUAUAACUUUUACAUGUUA